AUGUACACCGACGACUCAGAUUCGUCGACAGAGCCUAUUUGGACAUACGCCCAAAUAAACGUGGUUAAAGCAUACAAGCAGUCUAAGGAAGCUCAUGUCAGGCAGCUCAUAGAGAAUGGCUCACCUAUUCCGCCUAUCGUCCUGUGGGGUGCAGUCGACUAUGACAGGCCAGAAGUAGUUGAUCUACUUCUGUCUGCUGGAGUAGACCCCAAUCGACGCCAUGCCAAAGCCGAGGAGGUCAUGUCUCUGGGUGAGCAUGACUGGCUUGACAGAUUUCCGGAUCGGAGGUGUGAGAACGACCGUGAUACCAAAUUCCCCCUCGGUCUCGCUGCCGAGGCACCAUCCUAUGAGGGAGGAAAAGAGAAGGCGUGUCGCAUGGUUCAAUCACUUUUACGCCAUGGUGCAGAUCCAUAUGCCGUUUUCGCAGAUCAAUUGGACGAGCCGGCAGAUCCGGAAUUAGAAGUGCGCCUCGUGUUCCCCGGACAAGAGAUUAGCCAGCCGCAAGAUCUAAUGGCAAUGGAGCUUCACCGUGUGCAAAGAGCAGAAAAGAUGCUCGACGAGGACAGUGAUGCAGAUAUGCCGUGGAAAGACUUUGGCCUCCGCACCGUCAUUCAUUCUAUUUUGGAGCAGUCUGGGUAUUUUCAGGCUUUUCUCGAGUCUCCUGACUUCAUGAGGAACUUGAAGCUCGAACACCGUGACCCUCAAGGCCGCACGCUUUUCCUAUCAGCCUGUCGCAGCUCGAGGGGAGCAGAUGCAUUGCUUGAUAAGCCACAACACUGGAAUUCCAGCGACGAUGUAAAGUUGGACCGCAUGGGCGAGCAUCUCGUCACGUUUCCACCUGACGUCUACUCGGAGCCAUCUUCAGAGGAGGCUCUACCUCGAACGGCAAUCCAGGCGUUGCUGAAGCUGGGCGCGGAUCCGCUGGCCACGGAUAACCAAGGCAAACACGCCUUGCAUCAGCUGCUGGAUGCACCUUCGUGGGCUUUCCAGGAAUCGCCAGUGAACCAUCAGACAUUGCGCUAUCUGACUGAUCGAUUUCCAUCCCUAACCAACCAGCCCGAUCACAAUGGAUUGACUCCGAUCCACUCAUCCAUAAGGCGUAUGUGGUCGUAUGGUAUCGGCUAUUCAUAUGAAGGGUUUUACCCUCUUGAGGAUACUGUUAUGGACCUAAUCAACGCCGGCGCAGAUGUCCAUGCGCGGGAUGCCCAAGGCAACACUGUCAUUCACUAUCUCGCAGACAGCUUCUUAGAUGCGUUCAGAUGGGGCGAGAGCCGCAGGCAGCUAUUCUACACACUGCUCGACAAGUAUCAAUGCGCCUCGUACAUCAAUUUGGCUAAUAAUAUGGGCCUGACACCUAUUCAACUUGUGCUCUCUUACACACCCCGCAAGAACAAGGACCACGUCACGCAAUGGUCCGGAGUUUGGCCUGAACCUCCCGAGAUGCAGAUGCAGUCCGUAGACGAGGAGCUUUUCGGCAAGUUUGACGGCCUCGGCAUUGACUGGACGGUCCGUGACAAGUUUGGGAGGACGCUGCUACACGGCGUCGCCCGGACCGAUUCUCUGGUGGAUAGAGCACUUUGGAGGUGCAAGUAUUUGGUCCAGAAGGGCAUCGACCCCUUGGCUUGUGAUUUUGAGGGGAAGACGGCUCGGGAUCUGGUUCCCGAUGAUAAUACUAAUCUGAGGAUAUCAAAGUUUCUGGAGGAGGCUGAGCAAGCCGCGGCACACGGCAAAGCUUAG